AUGGUCCUUCGGCACUUCACGUCGCACCGAGACGUGAUCCAAGACGAGGCAGUCGACACGCCUCACGCCAAUCUAACUCCUGAUGGCUCCGAAACAGGCGAAAGUGGCCAGGUAUGGCUAAAUGUGAAGUUUAUGCUGAAGCACUGUGCUUAUGACAGGAUGACUAGAGGCCUGCCCCGCGACCCGGCCCGCUACCUUCCUCAAGCAUCACCGAUUCAAAAGCGCACCAUGCAGGGAGUCACACGGCUGGUAGAGGACCAUCAGACAGCACCAACACCACCACGCACAGAUCGCGUGACAAUGAGCAAGGCAUUUUUAGGUCUUUGGCUUUCACAUGAGACAGAGAAAACCAGCACGCGUGGUGAGGAAGGCCGCAUUUGCACUGAAAUAAGCGGCGGCUCACAGGUGCUGAAUGGCGAUGCGAAAAUAUGGCCACAGGCAGGUGCGAGUCGGACUCAUACAAUCACAGGGGGGGCAAUAACACGUGGAAGCGUUCUUAUCAAUGGUGAUAUGGAUCACGAUACGUUCAUGAAGAUUUUUGGUCGGUCCCGCUGA